AUGCCAUUAAAUAUUUUGGGUACUGCACUACUGGAUGGAACGGAUAACAUUCCAUACUAUAAUGUUAUAAAGAAGGUCGUUCCUUAUGUUACAGCAACCGCUGCAGUUAAAUAUUGGUCUCGUGGUCCGUCUAACACAUGGGAAAGACAACUUCACGGGAAGGUAUAUAUAGUGACAGGGGCAACAAGCCAAGGGAUGGGUACCUCAGUUGCCUUUGAGAUGGCAAAACUAGGUGCACAAUUGAUUUUCCUAACAAGAAGUGUUGAUGAGUGGUCUACGGAUUGGGUAGAGGAUAUGAGAGAUGCCACUGGGAAUGAGUUGUUGUAUAUGGAGCAAUGUGAUAUGGCAGAUCUAUAUCAAAUUCGUCAAUUUGCCACUCGUUGGUUGAAUAAUUCUCCACCAAGAAGAUUAGAUGGUGUCAUUAUAAUGUCAGGAGAUAUGGAACCUAUUGGGAUACCACAUUUCUCAAAACCAGUGAGACAAUCAUCUGUUGAUGGAUUGGAAAGACAAAUAGCUGUGAAUUAUGCUGGGGUAUUUCAUUUAAUGGAUUUAUUGCAACCAAGUUUUAAAGCACAACCACCUGAUCGUGAUGUAAGAAUCAUUAUUUCCACUUGUUGGACCCAAGUUAUGGGUGAGAUUAAUGUAGAGGAUCCAUUGUGGCAAUCACAAAAAUAUAAAAGUCCUUUGAAAUUUUUUAGUAGUAGUAAAUUACAAUUAGGUCUAACUAUGAUGGAAUUACAAAGAAGAUUAAUUGAAGAUAUCAAGAAGGUUGCGAAGGAAAAAAAGGAUACCGAACGUAGUGGGUUGAACAUUAAAGUUGUUCUGGUACAACCAGGUACGAUGAGAUCGAACAGUUUACGUCGUGUUGUGUCCAAUGGAUCUGUUAUAAUUUUAUUGGUGUUAUACUGUGUGAUAUUGUAUCCAUUCUUGUGGUUAUUGACAAAGAGUGGAAAUCGUGGUGCACAGAAUAUUCUUUAUGCUUUAAACACUCCCGAAUUUGAAGAAGUCAAUUUAAAGGACACUAAUGCUAAAUAUGUAUCGGAUUGUUCAGUUGUGAAAUUCGCACGUAAAGAAUUUGAAGAUUCUGAUUUACAGAAACAGUUAUAUGAUAAUACGCGAAGAGAUAUAUUAGCACUUGAGAAGAAGAUGGCAGUUAUUAGAAAUAGCAAAAAGAAAACUGAAGAAAAAUCUAAAAAAUAG